CACUGCAGCUUAACUCUUGCCGCCCCGGGGAUGCUCAGGGCUGGAGAGUGUAAAACACCUCACCACGGCGACUCAACUCCGGUUCCAUCAUCGGUCUGAUCAUACAGCGAUCGGCCACUGAUGACUUACAAAUCUCCGCGACUGUGAUCAUCAGCAUCAGGUAGAGAGGGGCCAAUACAGGGCUCAGUAGCUGAUUGAAUCCAAUCCAAACACUGGGAAGGGUUAAGAGAUACAGACCCCCCAGCCAAUCCCGGGCUUUCGUGGUGGAGGGGGCAGGGCCAAGGUCGCUCAGGUCGGGUCACAGGUGUGCUGCGGGGGUAAGGGUGGGUGGGCACUUCCUCCCGGAUGCAGAACAUCCUCGACCAGAACCUGGACAUGGCGACGGCGCUGCUGGCGGGGGAGAAGCUGAAGGAGCUGAUCAUGCCGGGCUCCACGCAGGAUGAGAAGGGGGGGCUGCUGGCCGGCCUCAUGGUGCAGAUCAAGCUGGAGCUGCCCUUCGACCGCGUCGUCACCAUCGGCACGGUCAUCAUCCCCAUCCUGCUGGUCACGCUGGUGUUCACCCGCAACUUCGCAGAGGAAAACAUAUAUUGCUACACUCCCUUCAACUUCACCCGUGACCAGGCUCUGUACGCCCGCGGCUACUGUUGGACGGAGCUGCGCGACGCCGUCCCCGGCGUGGAGCAGGAGCAGCGACCCUCGUUGUUCGCGCACAAGUUCCUUCCCUACGCGCUGUUAGCUUUCGCUGGCAUCAUGUACAUUCCUGCGCUGGGCUGGGAGUUCACGGCCUCCACACGUCUUACCUCGGAACUCAACUUCCUGCUGCAGGAGAUCGACAACUGCUACCACCGUGCCGCCGAGGGCCGCGCGCCCAAGAUCGAGAAGCAGAUCCAGUCCAAGGGGCCCAACAUUAGCGAGCGGGAGCGGCGGGAGAUCAUCGAGAACGCCGAGAAGGAGAAGAGUCCCGAGCAGAACCUGUUCGAGAAGUACCUGGAGCGUCGCUGCCAGAGCAACUUCUUAGCUAAGCUGUAUCUGGCGCGUCAUUUGGCCAUCAUCUGGCUGAGCUCCAUCCCUAUUACUUACCUGAGCACGUACUAUGCGUGGCAACACCAGAAUGAGUUCACCUGUGCACUCGGGGAGCCGCCGGAUGCCAGCAGCCCGCCGGAGCACCGGCUGAGCGUCAACUGCAAGCUGCCGGCGGUGCAGCUGCAGCGCAUCAUGGCGGUGGUGGACAUCACCCUGCUCUGCACCAUGAACCUCAUCAUUCUCAUCAACCUGCUGCACCUGUUCGUGGUGCGCAAGUCCAACUUCGUCUUCGACAAGCUGCACAAGGUCGGCAUCAAGACGCGCCGGUGCUGGCAGAAGUCGCAGUUCUGCGACAUCAACAUCUUGGCCAUGUUCUGCAACGAGAACCGCGACCACAUCAAGUCCCUCAACCGGCUGGACUUCAUCACCAACGAGAGCGACCUCAUGUACGACAACGUGGUGCGGCAGCUGCUGGCUGCUCUGGCUCAGUCUAACCACGACGCCACGCCCACCCUCAUAGACUCGGGCAUCCAGACCAUGGACCCCAGUAUGGACCCUACGGGGCUGAGGGUGGGGGACCUGGGCAUCGAGCCCUCAGUCAUCAAGAGACCCCGCAAGAAGAUGAAGUGGAUCCCCUCAUCCAACCCACUGCCUCAGCCUUUUAAAGAGCCGUUGGCGAUGACGCGUCUGGAGAACAGCACGAAGUCAGACAAACCCAAGACUGCGUGGAAGAGGUCGGGAGCUGACAACUUCAUUGCCCCCCUACAGGACAACAAGAGCACACAGCACCCCCCAACCGGCAAAGGUGCAUCUCUGUACAACAGCAUCAUAGUGGACAAGAAGCACUCACGGAAUUUCUCCCUGGACGUCCACCCUUACAUGCUGGCCAUCUCGAAGCCUAAGGAGGAGCCGGCCAACCACAACCCAGGGCCCGCGCCAGCCACCUUACCCCUGGCGUGUGCCUACAUCGAGGGGACACACAGCAUGGUCCACAUGCCCACCUCCGACAGCGAGAAGAAAAGCCCAGCGCAGCCCCCCGAGUUCAUCAGGGUCAGCAGCACCUACAUGAACGGUGGCCAUUCCAGCCUCGGCCACGCUAGCCCUCCCCCCCUUAUGGAGCCGCUGAUCCAGCCACAGGACCCAGAGAGCCAGCCUGCGCCCUUCAACAGGAAGCCGUCCCACCAGCUGCUGGCCGUCCACCACACGUCCUUCACGGAGGAGGAGGAGGUGGAGCAGCUGGUCAGGGAUCACCUGGCAGAGAGGUCUGCCGAGCUCAUCACCGCAGGAGAGUGCUGAAC